GUUUUUAACUGAAUAGAAAUCAGCUUUUAGAGCUCUUUAACUUUCUGCUGAUCGUCAAGAGUUAACCCUCUUUAUUCACUUAAGGCCAGUGAUAGCUUAAAUAGAUCUACUGGUGGCAAAAAGGUGAUUUUGUCUUCGGCGUCCAAAUAAAACAGAGUUGAUGUGCGUUUCAAAUGAAAUACACAGAAACAAGGCCUCUUUCUUCGAAUUAAAUCGUGAAACAUUUCUGCUAUGCAUCCAAACGUUAAAGAGUUUCCUUCGCGUCGAUAUGUUUACAAAAACAUCUUUACAUCGUUUGUCAACAUUACUUUGUUUCUUCCGUCCUUAUCAAGCUUGUGUUUUGGUCAAAGCAUGGCUGCCUCUCCUCCUAACCAUAGCUACCCGAUACAUCACGGGGGAUCAAGCGAGGUGAUGCAUGGUGUGAGUGCCACGUUUCCACCGCCAGAAGUCGAGCCAGAUAUCGUUCUUGGUGGUCUUCUUCCAAUUCAUGCAAGAAAUGUCACCAAAAAUGGUCCUCCUAAAUGUGGCAGUCUUAACGUAGAACGGGGAAUUCACCGAUUGGAAGCUAUGAUCUUCGCUGUAGAUCAAAUCAAUCGAAAUCCCAAUCUUCUUCCGAACAUAACUCUUGGUAUGUCUGCCUACGACACUUGCGAUUUGUACACAAAGGCGUUGGAAGAAUCGCUUGGGUUUGUCAUGAAAUCGCGAUCUAAGACCAUAUGUGAAUUGGGGGAUACGUUUUCCACGCCGGCACCAAAGAAAGGCAAAAUAUUAGCUGGGAUUGUCGGUGCGGCUUCUAGCUCCGUUUCUAUUCAAGUUGCGAACCUUUUACGGCUUUUCAAUCUGCCUCAGAUAAGCUACGCCUCGACCACGCCUGAUCUCAGUGACAAAACAAAGUACGACUUUUUCGUGCGAACUGUUCCCCCAGAUAAUUACCAAGCCCGGGCGAUGGUCGACGUCGUGCGGGGACUGAAGUGGACUUCCGUGUUCACUGUCCACUCCGAGGGGAUCUACGGUGAACGGGGAAUCAGAGAGUUUUCGAACGGAGCGAAAGCCGCGAAUAUUUGCAUCGCGGGCUCGUAUAAGAUCGAAGGCUCCAACAAUGAGAUGCAAAUAGAUGACAUUAUCUCAGAUUUUGGAAAACACGAGCAAGUCCGUGCAGUGAUUUUGUUUUGCACAGAUACAGACGCAAGAAGGCUUCUCAAAGGUGUACAGAAGCAGAAAAGGGACCGGCACUUCAUUUGGGUAGCCAGCGACUACUGGGGAACAAGAAAAAAGACCAUCGAGGGCCUGGAGAAAUACGCAGAAGGCGCCAUAACUAUAAGCCUGACGGAGGCCCCUUAUCCGAAGUUCAAAGACUACUUCAUUUCUCUUAAACCAGGCAUAAACAGGACCAAGGUAAAUCCUUGGUUUGAUGAGUUUUGGGAGAUGAAGUUUGGCUGCAGACUACAAAACAACUAAAGUUCGUGUUCUAAGAACUAUUCCCUUGCAGCAAGCGAUGUGCGUAUCGAUGAUAAAGUGCCUUUUCUCAUUGACGCCGUGUACGCAUUUGCGUAUGGUUUGAACAAGAUUUACAAACGCAUGUGUCAAGCACAGAGUGGUCUUUGCCAAAAUUUGAUCCAUGGGUUUAAAGGAAAAAACUUGCGCGAUGAGCUUUUCAACCUGACUUUUACUGGAGUAACAGGCACAGUGAGUUUUGAUAAGAACGGUAAUGGACCUGGGCAAUACGACGUUUAUCGCUUGGAGUACGGUCGAUACAGAAAAGUUGCGUCCUGGAACGGGAAACUGUACAACGCAACGAAGCUUUUCCAAGGAGGCAAAAAUGGUACGACUCCUUUAUCACAUUGCAGUUCACCGUGCGAGGCUGGGUAUCGGAAAAAGUUUGACACAGAGGGAUCUUGUUGCUGGAACUGUGAACGCUGUGCGAAUGAUUAUUACGUAGAAGAUGAGACAAGUUGUAAACCCUGCCAACAAGGACAACGCCCUAAUGCCUAAAGGAACGGCUGCGAACCACUGCCUCGACGCAACAUCGCCAAGAGUUGGAUAGUCAUGGUUAUGAUAUUCUCUGGUCUCGGCAUCAUGUGCACAAUAUUUGUUGGGACCUUAUUCCUCAUCAACAACGACACCCCUCUGGUGAAGGCCUCCGGGAGGGAACUGUCAUGCGCACUGCUAUUCGGCUUGUUGUCCUGUUAUAUAUUUUCGUUUUUCAUGCUUGCCGAGCCUUCGACCUGCAUUUGCGCCAUCCAGCGGUUUGGUCUGGGAUUCUCGUUCUGCGUAUGUUAUGCUUCCAUUCUCAUCCGAACCAAUCGGAUUGCGAGAAUUUUCGAGAAGAGCAAUCGAUCUACGAAACCUCCUCUCUUCAUCAAUCCAGCGUCGCAGAUUGCAAUAUUGGCAGUUUUUGUCAGCAUUGACAUUGUGUUCGCAGGUAUUGGCCUGGCAAAGUGGCCUCCAAAAACAGUCCUUGCCUACCCAACAAACAAAGACGUUUUACUGACAUGCAACUUUCACGAUUACGAUUUGGUUUUCGCAUUGACGUACAACGUCUUAAUUAUCAUUCUGUGUACAUUUUACGCCUUCAGAACGCGUAAAACGCCUGCGAACUUCAACGAAGCCAGGUACAUAGGAUUUGCUAUGUACACAACUUGUAUUAUUUGGGUGGCGUUUCUUCCCGUGCAAAUAGGCGUAAAUAAAGACUACGCUACCGUAACACUCGCAAUUAAUACGACUUUGAACGCCACAACUCUGUUACUGUGCAUUUUUGGACCUAAGGUCUACAUCAUGGUAUUUAGGCCCACGAGGAACCUCCGAAGUAGGUCCUUAAACAGUUGGCGCUCACACGAAGCUGACAAUCCCCCGAAUUCACAAGGUCGUGUACAGUCCGACAGCCAAGUCACAGAACAAAGCAUCAAGAGUUCUGUUUCUGAGUUAGGAACUGAUAAUCUUGCUGUACAAAAUGAGCAUGCACAAGGCGAGGCCGCGCUGUGAAGAAACGCCGCGGGCUCCGCCUCCGCAUCGGCUACACUUGAGAAAAAGUUAAAUUCACGUUUUCACGAACUGCAAACUGCAAACAUUUUCAUUUGUCUUGAAUUUAUUUUCUUCUUCUUUUUUCUUCUAGUCCUAUUCAAGGAUUAGAGGACAAAUUUUCUUUUUCGUGUUUGCUAGGAAAUAGUUCCAAAUAGAUGAAGUGGAAAAAAAUCUUAGAAUUAAAAAUUUUCUAAAGCCAACCAAGAAUUUAAAGAGGACCUACUUACGGCUAAGAUAUCUGAAGUUUUAAGAUCUCAAAGAUAAAUUUAAUAUUUUAGUAAGUUAUUAACAAUUAUAUGUAAAUGUUAAUUGUUUUAGGGCAAUUUAAAUUAUUACAAACGUUGUACAAGCUGAGCAACUAUGUUCGUGUCAAGUUUUAGAGGCUAGGCUUAAUAUAAUAUUGAGUUGUAAAUAGCUUUUUGGAAAAAAAAUUAUACCGUGAAGGUAAGUUGAUGUAGUUUUCAAUACAAAAAGAAAAGUUUUAAAUUAAGAAAAAAAUUAUUUUUCGGAAAUUUGAUGUUGUAGUACUUUUAAAAAAUAUUCUGAAAUAAGAAAGAAUAGCUUACGGUCAAACGUCCUAAAUAGUUUUAUUGGAGUAGUUUUCAACUAAUCGCUGAAAGUAAUCUCAAGUCGAUUUGGUUUUGCUUUACUUCGCUCUGUGAUUGGUCCAGAAAACACGUACGACUCUCUCAAACAAUCAGAUUCAAAACCUAAACCCGAUCGCGCCGUGGGUCAACCGCGUUUUCCCGCGCUUUACGCAGUUAACUCGUUUUAAUUCUGCCUUCUCACUGACUACUUAUGAUAUGUUCCCAUGUUCUGAUUGGCUUUUGUGAUGACUUUGAUGUUAAAAAUCCUCAAAUCAGAUAAAAUAAAUCGAGGAUUUGCUAUGCUGUAGCUUGCUUGCAAGAGGUAAUCCAGUUUCCCCCUCCCCCUCGCUUUGUCACUCGUCCCUCAUCUUCCACCCGUGCAAUAUGACGACCGAAUAUUUGCCCCGCAGAAUCUCGCGCUUGAAAACACAAAGUAUCGCCUGCAAGCAGGCUAGCUAUGCUGGUACACAGGGAAAAACUUCAUAUCAUAAUUUUGUCUUACUUUCAUGUCGCACUUCUGAAACACUUUUUCACAAGGAAAGAGUCAUUCUUGUACACAUUGAACUCACCGUGUUUCCAAUCUCAGAAUUCUUGAUUUCAACGCUAGUCUUUCAAGUAUCGGUAUACACUGAUACACAUGCACAGUUGUAUUCAAAGUUAGGGAAUCUGAUCUUCAUUCUAAGGUCAUUUGAAAUAAAAUAAAUUGAAGCUAUUCAUGAUCAA